AUGGUGGUCGUCGCCGAGAACCUGCCACGCCCCACGGCGUUGAGUCCGCGCCCGUUUGAGUCCUCCAAGAAGAUCCGCGUGCUGUGUCUGCAUGGCUUCCGCACCAACAGGCAGGUGAUGCUGGACCAGACCCGCGGCAUUCGAGCGGCGCUGGGGUACGCAGCGGAGUUCGUGCUGCUCAACGGCACGUACGAAGCCCGCGGGACGAGCGACCCGAUGAUCGAGAGCGCGUACAAGUCCAGCGCCCCGUUCUACGAGUGGUUCGAGAACCAACUGGCCGACGGAUCUCCGCUGCUGUACAACGACGCCGAGUCCUCGGCCAAGGCACGGCUUCAAAGUGGCGCUGACAAGGGGGAGGACCACGCUUGGAGCCUCUCGUACAAGGGUGUGGAGCAAUCCAUGGUCAGGAUUGACGAGGAACUCCGUCGUCACGGCCCGUUCGACGUCGUCAUCGGAUUCUCGCAAGGUGCGGCGCUGCUGACGAUCUUGACGAUGUGGUACCUGCGCCAGGACGUCCGCUGGUGGAAGCUUGUCAUUUGCGUCGGGGGUGUCGAUGUAAGUGGGGUCAAUGUGAAGUCGCUGUUCCUGGACAAGCAAGGCCGCCGUGUUCCGGUGCCAGUGCCAUCGAUCCACCUCAUUGGCAAGACAGACCCGCUUUAUCAAGAAUCACAGCGUCUGGCCUUGUCGUGGGCAGACAAAGCUGAGCCCAAUGGUUUCAAGAAGUGGAUCUACGAGCAUGAAGGUGGUCACAAGUUCCCUUCGGUGUCGAAGAACCAGGAGUUCUACGCGGAGCUGGGGCGUGUCAUCAAGCAGCACUGCUGCAAGGGCUCAGAGGUGACCAUGUGCAAGCUCUAA